AUGAAUCAUCAUACAGAUAUGGAUAUGGACACUUGUUCAAUGAACAUGUCCUUUACUUGGUCCUACAACAACACAUGCAUCAUUUUUUCCUGGUGGAAAAUCAAUACAGGUUCUGAUUUGUUGCUAAGCUGUAUGACAUUGGUUGUCUUAUCAAUUCUUUAUGAAUGGUUCAAAUACAGAUUACAGUUGUACAACAGCCAUCAAGUAUUGUCACUCCCCUUGAAUAGCAAUACUUAUCCAAGUAGUGUUGUUGGACCAAAUAAAAGGAUGAUCAGUAGCUGUCUAUAUGGGUGUCAAGUUGGGUUCUCCUUCUUAUUAAUGUUGGUGUUUAUGACCUAUAGUGGGUGGCUUAUGCUGAGUGUUUUAAUUGGAGCCACAAUUGGUCAUUACUGGUUUGGCUAUAGACUACAUUAUAUGAAACAGCAACAACAACAUCAGCAACAAGCAUCAUCUCUUCUAGAAACAGAAAAUUCACUGGCAUGCCAUUAA